UGGCUGCAGGGAUAGUCCGGCUCUGGAUCAUUGUUAAAAUCUUCGCUUGCGUCUUCCAGUAAAUGGACAAUAACCAGGGUCAUCUACGAGUUAUGAUCAAUGUACCUAUGAAGUUUCAUGAUCCUAGGCCUAAGCGUUCUUGAGUUAUCAUCCGGAAACCAUUUUACUAUUUCGGGUCAACAAUAACUAUUUUACAAAAUGUAAAUGUGUGAAGAAAACAGCAGAAUAACAGGUUUUACAACUUUAUUAACUCUUUCAACUCCGUAGCCCGCCACAGCGGGCAGCCGUAGUUUACACCGUUCACCACGAUAGCCCGCUAUAGCGGGAGUUCCGAUAUUUAACCUUUCUUUGUCUGACUCACACAAGUAAAUCACAUUUAUCAGCGAGAACAAACGUUAGCGUGGGUUAUGGCCAAUUGUUACUUCCGUGUUUACCGAAAAGAAUGAAAACUAUUAAUUUUAAACGUGUUUAAUCGAGAAUUUAAACAACACACUGGUUAUAACAAUGGCGGACGGUGAAAUUUCUUCAGAUGAGUGGUCGGAUGACGAAUUUAUUGAUCAAAUAGGUGAUUUUGACUUGCAUCAUUUAGAUGAAAAUGACAGACAACAAUUGAAUAGUGUUUUGCAAAAUUUGAAAACAAUCCAGAUAACGAUACAGGUGACGUCGACUUUUUGGGGAAUUUUGAAACACCUGAUGUGUUUGAGUGGGACAGUUCCUACAGUGUAUGCUGCAUAAAGAAGUUUUAGGAAGUUCCAGGCCCUGUCAGAAUAUAUGACACUUCUGCCUCCCCGUUAGAACUUUUCCAAGUGUUCUACUCAAAUGAAAUAUUUCAACACAUAACAGACUGUACAAACCUAAAUGCCCAGAGAAAAGCUAAUCCGGAAGAGCACAAAACUCCAUGGACAGAUAUAACUAUCACUGACAUCAAGGUGUUGUAUGGUGUUAUGUUGAUGAUGGAUAUAGUGAAGUUUGACAGAGAUGAAAUGUAUUUUAAGGACAGUACAGACACUCAUUUCAUGCUUGGGUCAAAAAUUCCAGAAGUGAUCACAAAAAAGCGAUAAUUCCAGAUCAAGCGCUACCUUCACUUCACAUAUGAAACUAACAAUCAUACAGACAAACUGUUCAAGGUCCGAUACAUGCUGGACACUCUGAGAAAGAAAUUCAAGUCUGAAUAUGUGCCCCAUGAACAGAUGAGUGUAGACGAGUCCAUGGUGCCAUUCAAAGGACGUCUUGGUAUCAAGCAAUCAGGGAUCAUAUUUUCCGGCAACAUCAAUCGGUCUGGAUUUAACUGGGGAAAAUGUGUCCAAAAAUUUAUAUCCGAAAUCAUGACAAAUUACGUUAAAAUAUAUACAAUUGAUUUUGCCAUUCAUGAAGGUGGUAUAAUAAAAGUACAAGUUAAAUUCCCUAAGGCAUUUUUAAACGGUAAAUACGAGUUUUCUCAAUUGGUUUUAUCAUUUGCUAUUUCAUUGUUGUUUCGUGCACUGACUCUGCACGGACUCUAGAUGAGUCAAUAUACGCUCCGUGUUUCGUGUGCUGUUUUAUCUGACUUUUUUUCAUCGUUGUCAAUAUUAAUAAUCUGUGUGAUUUGAUACCACACAUCUAAACUUCCGGUCGUGGUUAUUCAACAACAAACAAUAAAGUACACGAAUUAUUUCGAUUCUAACACGAUUUUUACUAGAGCUUUAUACAAUGUAUAUUAUUUUUCUUGUGUACUUGUGUGAAGUUCCGCCCAUAAAAUAACUUUCGGCUGUUCUGUCGAUCAGAUCCGCGACUUUCAUUAAUUUAUUGCUGGAUUAUUACGCUGGUGGAAAAUGUAUCGGCAUGUUUUGUUUAGUUACAGCGUGUGCUUUCAGUGUACAAGGUUCGCCCACAAUUAUUGCAGAAUAUCCGAUUUUCUUCUCUGUUUAUAUGAAAGUUUACUGUUUCAUGCAUGAAAUGCACAAUUUCCACGAGGAUUACAUCAAGAUUUUUAUCUCCGAAGUAACUGUCAACGAUUAUAUCGUGGACGAGUACACAUUACGGACCGAUUAAUUAGUGUGCUAGGUAUAAGCCAUUGAAAUUGACCAGUCGCCAAAUUAUCGAUCGCUCCGCCCACAUAGUCACGUGGUCUAGUGAUAAGAAAACUCCGACAAGCAGAUCGCAAUUAUAGCGGAUUACGUGAGCGAAAUACUAUAUUUGUAACGAGGUAUCAUGCUCUUUUCUAUAAUAUAAAUUAUUUAAAGCCGCACAGUAAACUAAACUGCUUUGUAAAACUUUAAUACAAUCAUAAAUGCUUUAGAGAAAAAUGGCGUAAUAAAAAUAAAUGAGUUAACGGCAGACUGACUAUCAGAAACGUUUCUUUUACAUAAUAUAGGAAGUUGAUGAAAAUCUGUUGUAUACAUGAGCAUUCAUUUUAUAUUGAUUUUGAACUUGUAUUAAAUCGUCUGACAGUGAAUCCGGUGGCUAUUCAUAUAUAAUUUUGAAAAUAUUUUUUAUUAAAUGCAAAUGACACAUCCAUAUCAUGAUGGGGUUUUUGUUUAUUACAAAUGUUUAGAUCUUUGUUUUAUUGUGUUAUUUUUAAAAAGACACCGAUUUUUUUAUUUAGAUAUAAAUUAAAUUUUGAUUGUAACCAUAAUUUAAUACAGGCCUAAUUUCGUGGUUUCAUUAACAGAUAGUCUAAUAUGCAUUUUAUUUCAUUUAUUUUUAAUGCGAACCUGUUACAUUUCACUAUCGAAAAAUGAAAUGUUGGUAUCACGUAACUAUUCACGAACAUUCGAAUUGAAUACAUUUAGCCUAUUAUGCAUGUCUUUAUUUAUAACAAGAUGGCCCUUAUAUGUUAAUUGCAAUUUUCACAUUUCUCCCCGUAUCAAUGUAUGUUGUAUUAUAAAUGUUGUUAUUGUAUUAUAAGCCGUACAUUUUACACUUGAAGUCGCUUUAAGCUGGCUAAGCCGCGUUGAAAUCACCUUUUUGUUGUUUUAACUUUAGUUAAAACAAUAUUUAAGUUAACAAUUUAUAAUGAUUUCCCUUGUUUAUGAUCCACUGAAAAUAAAUAUAUAAUUUGAAAUCAUUUAAGUAAUUAAAUAGUUUUCUUUUCUUGUGUACAGUACCUAACAAUGCCAUAAUGUUCCUUCAUUCUGAGAUCCACGCAACAUACUGUCAUUUAUUAAUCAUCGACAAUUACGCUGAGAUUAAUUAGCACGUGUGGCAAUUAUUAUGUUGCCCAAACUGCUUAAUAAUAUUGUGCAUCAAACGGUAUAACACGUUUAUAGAACACACGAUUUAGUGUGUUUGAUUUCUCAUUAAUCGUUCAUAUGUUCAAUAAAUAAAGAUAAAAUAAUAACCUUUUAUAAAGUAUGUAUAGCACCUACAAUUUUGAAUAAUGAUCGAACAGUUAUGAUCAUGCAUUUGAUAUAAAAUCUGUGUAAACUCUUAAAAAUUACGUCCAUUCCAUAUGAACGACACGCUUUGUUUGUCGGACAAAAUGGCGGCCAGAUAAGCGUUGCUGAGGGGUGUGUGAAAAAUCGAUAUCUGAUUGGCUGAUCGACAAAAUGUGGGCGGAGUUGGCGACUGGUCAAUUAUCGAUUGAUACACAGGUUAUUCACGCAUGACUAAUAAACAACAGCGCGAAUCUUCGCUGCUUGGGGUCAUACUAGUCGGCUGACAUGCAAUAAACUGGUCCUGACCGGUUUAGAGACUGCAGCGAAUCGAGAUAAGAAUGCAAAUAGGGGGUGUUAGCAUGUUCACUGUGUAAUCGAUUUCAUGACGUGAAUUUUAGCAAACAGAAUAGGACCGACUGUUAGGGAUUUUCAAUCAGUCUUUCAUGACCCCAAUCGGUCUAGGACCGACAAAACCGAAAAAAAUAUGAUCCCUGCAAGCAAUAUAUGAAGGACAAGCCUGUAAAAUUUGGCGUCAAGAUGUGGAUGGCUGCCGACUCCAUUUCAGCCUACUGUUGGAACUUUGAUGUUUACGUUGGAAAACGGGCUACUCAGAUCAACCAGGUGUUCGGACUGAGCGCACAGGUGGUCAUCGACCUAACCAAGGACCUGGCUGGGAAGGGUUACACCAUUUUUACCGACAACUUCUACACCAGUCCUAAACUUGCCCACUUCCUGGCCUCCAAGGAAAUCUACACCUGCGGGACAGUGAGGACCAAUAGGCACGGUUAUCCACAGGAACUGGUGAAGACAAAAGCCGAGGCACGACAGCUACCAGGGGGCCACUUCGACUGGAUGCAGUGUGGAAGUUUAGUAGCUACCUCAUGGAAAGACAAUAAAAUGGUGUACUUUCUGUCUACUGCCCACAUGCCAGAACUAGAUCAGCUUGCUACCUCAAGAAAAAAUAAAGAUGGGACGAUACAGCGUCUACCAUCAACUCCGUGUGUCGAGGAAUAUGGAAGAUACAUGGGUGGUGUUGACCGCAAUGACCAAAUGACGAGGCUUAACAAAUCCAAAAAAAGCAUGCGGUGGUAUCGUAAAAUUGAGCGCAAAUUGUUGGAACUUUCAGUUUAUAAUGCAUACAUCAUAGAAGGAACGAUCAGAGACCAGAAGGUUCCAGGAAAAAGGAAACGUGACAUGAUGUCCUUCAAGUUGGAUCUGGCACAUGCGCUUGUGGGAACUUCACGACUGCGAAAGAGAUCCGCUGGGCGAAGUCGGUCAGAAAACUCAGAAAAUAUUCUUCGCCUGGACAACAUCUCCCACCUGCCAGCAAUCGUUGAAGGAAAAGACCAUGUGUGCGUUGUGUGCAACGAGAGGCACAACAGGUACAAGAGGAAGCAUCCGGAAGCUACCUAUAGUGAAAAUCCUUUCAAGAGGUGCAAAACAACAAUCAAGUGCAGCAAGUGUGAUAAGUAUUUGUGCUGCAACACUAAAAACAUGUGUUUCACAGACUUCCACACACUGGUGAAUUUGUAGUCCAGUGAUACUGACCUAGUUUAUGGAAAGACACACCUGUACAGGUGAAAAACUCACCUGUAAUUAUAUUACCUGGUGAGAUGGACACAUGUCAUAAGUAUAAAUACUUUCAGGCAUUUUAAAACAGUGUAUAUUGUGUACAGUAACAUGUUGUGUUGACAACCAUGAUUUGUUCAACAAUGAUGCUUAUUUGAGUACUAUAAAUGAAUGAUAUGUAAGCAACUGCCAUUUUACCUGUGUACUUAAUUAAUCCUUUAAAGUUAUAAAUUCAAGGUUUUAAACAAGGACACUUAUCUUUUAACACUAUAUAUUGUAUACCAAUAGUACAGAAAUUAUUUUGAAAUGAAUUGAUGUUUUAUAAUGAUUAUUCUUUAAAAUUAUUGAAUUUUUACCUGUUAAUUAGAUAUCUUACCUGAAAAACCAGGUAAAUAUGAAUAAAAUGAAAUUAUUGUUUUUGUGAUUAUAUAGAUACAUGUAUGAACUUUCUAAAAAUGUAUGGCUUGAUAUAGAAAAAAUGCUUUGUUUUUGCUGUUAUAAAGGAAUUAUGAACAUAUGAUGUAUUUCUUAGUUCUGCCAAUUUACCUGUGUACUUAAUUAAUCUUUUAAAGUUAUAAAUUCAAGGUUUUAAACAAGAACACUUAUCUAUUUACACUUGAUAUUGUAUACCAAUAGAAUAGAAAUAAUUUUGAAAUGAAUUGAUGUUUUAUUAUGAUUAUUUCUUUAAAAUUAUUGAAUUUUUAUCUGUUAAUUAGAUUUCUCACCUGAAAAACCAGGUAAAUAUGAAUAAAAUCAAAUUAUUGUUUUUCUGCUUAUGUAGAUGCAUG